GCUUUUGUCUGCAGAUCAGUUGCAGCUGUUCUAUGGAGAAAGGCUCCUCUCUGACCUCUUUCCCCCCCGAUUAUUUGUCCAGCUGCCAUCAUCAUCAUGAAGCUGGACAUACUUCUUGGUCUUGUUUCUCUGGUUCUGUCUCCUUUAGGAGGUGAAGCAAACAUCCAGGUCCACAAGAACGUUCUACUGCACGGAUCGCUCAGGAUGUCUUAUUCUCCUUCCCAGAAGAUCGGAGCAAUUAGAUUAAUUACCUGGAGGUUUGAUAAGAUCAAUGAACAAGUCACAAUACUGGACACCACUGAGAAACCACAUUAUGUAUAUCCCUCUAAGUUCAGGGAUCGGCUACAACUGUCUGAGAACCUACACACAUUGACCAUCGUGGAUCUGACUAUGGAAGAUGGUGGGAUGUACACCAUUGAUGUUGUAGAUGUAAAUGGAGUACGAGAAUCUUAUUCAUUUAAUGUCACCGUGUACGAGCCUGUUCCCCUUCCAAGUAUAAGGACUGAGGUGACGGAGAAUGCCAUAGACAGAUGCAAUGUUACUCUUCAUUGCUCUGUCCCAUCAAACACAUCAGAUUUCUCCUAUAGCUGGCAAUGUGGAGAUAGGAAAUCUGAUUGUCAGCAAUAUAAUAAUGGAAGAACAGUCAAGAUAUUCCUGAAGAACGACUCCAAAGACAUGGAGAUCCUGUGCAUAGUCCAGAACCCUGUGGACAAGAAGAAUGUCUCUUUCCACCUACAAGAAACCUGUAUGUUUACAGAUAAAACAUUGGCCCCCAGGAGUCAUUAUACUCUCAUAAUCAUAGUAGUUGUAAUCGUGAUGGUAAUGGUGCCGAUUAUUUCAGUGAUAUGUAUAAAGAUGAAGCGUGGAAUUAGGAAAGCAGAACCCGCAGAAAGUAGAAAUACAGAAAUGCACUACAUCGAGGUGACAACACGUCAACGGGAAGACAAUCAGAGAGUCCAUAUGGAAAAUGAUCACUACAUUGGAAUGCCUUCCCCAAAAAGGACCAAAGCUGAGACAUUGUACACCACUCUACAACAUCCACCACCAAUCUAUACGUGAUGGUUAAAAUAUGCAGGAGCGCGGAAAGUGGCAACGUAGCAUCGUCCACUAUGGAGAAGUUCAGCUGAUGUGAACAAAUUGGUCACCUCUCCAUACCAAAGCUGCAAUAUCCAGGCUGGAGCUGCCUUGUGUAAGCCCCAGGGGCCGCAUAUUAUUCCCACAUGCUUACUGGAGCACCCCAUGGAUCGUGUAUAACUUUUUUCAUUUUAAGGAUAGCAACACCCAUGUGCAACCAUCUUAACUAUCUACAAGAAAGUGGAGAAGAUCAGAAGACUAGGAAGUCAGUAGUGUCGCACAGUGGAAUCUGUCAAGAAACAUGGUGGUGGCAUCUUUUUUUAUGGUGCUGUCUGAUCUCUGGAAGUUAAGAUUGGGUGCCCCAUCCAGGAUCCUCAUGUUUUAUCUACAGUGGACAGUGGCUGCAGGACCCAGCAUGGCUAUGCAUUACAUAUAUAGAUCCUUGAUUUCAGUGGACACUGUGUAAUACCUAAUAUCCCCUGUGGUGGUGCUGUAGGAAAAUUGAACACUUGCUGCCAAGUUCCACCACAGAUUAAGGGUGAUCACAGGGGAUUUCAGCAGCAAGACUAAAUGUGAUUAGCUUAUUUUUGGGGGCACUUCUAACAAAGGGAGAAUACCUAAAGUGGACAACUCCUUUUUAAGAUCAUGACCUGUAUCUUCAUUUUAUUUAGCUAUAUACCAAAGUGGAUCCUUGAGGAUCGGGUCUUUAUUUCCUUUUUGUCUUAGUUAUACAUCCUUCAUCAUGGAUCCUGCAUUACCUCACAACACUUUGCUCAUCAGUUGGCAAGAAAUGUUUUUUUUGCCAGUCACUCAUCAUGAAUUCUGUCACCCGCUAUUUUUUUACAACGUUCAGGGUGUUCAUGGAAAGAUUGUAUGACAUCACACGCAUUAUAAAGUAUGUGGACUUGGGGCUGGUGAAGAACUUUGGAGUUUAUGGGCAUAGGUAAUGGUCAAUUUAUGUGAGAGGAUAGAUGGCCAUGAGACAGAUAGCUAGACACUAGAACAGGGGUCAGCAACCUCCGGCACUCCCGAUUUUCAACGACAACUCCCAAAACGCUCCAUUCACUUCUAUGGGAGUUGUGAGAACAGCUGAGCAUGAUCGCAUGCUGGGAGUUGUAGUUUCGCAGCAGCUGGAGUGCCGAAGGUUGCUGAUCCCUGUACGAGAAGAUGGAUGCCCGCAUCCAGCUCCAAUGACUGUGAUCGGAGAAUCCUGGUCAUUUAAUUCCCCAGAUGCCGCUAUCAGUACUGACCGUGGCAUCCGUGGGGUUAGACUGAGGGAAGGGGCUCCCUCUGCCCACUGAUCAAAGCCCCAGCAGCAAAAUCGUAGAGCUCCAAUCCAUCACUGUGCUGGCCUGGGGGCUUGUGAAGGCUUCCAGAGCUGACAUACUGGGCUAUCUUCCAGAAUUGUGCCGAAGGCAGCCAGUAAAAAUCCCAUAGACUGCAAUAACAUUCUUUCGCAGUCUAUGGUACAAGCGAUCAGAUGAUCGCAUGUUCAAGACCUUUUAGGGGACUAAAAAUUACACUGAAAGAAAUAUAAUAGGUGUUGCUGCAUCUGAAAAUUUCCUCUUUAACAUAUAAAAAUUAUGUUUUUUGGCAGUCAAAAAAGAAAAUUCUAUACUUUUUUCUUCACCUUUUGUCCCUCAGGAAAAAAUUGUACAAAAGUGAU